AUGCAUUAUCAUGCAGAGUCAUAUGGGAAUUACUAUGCUUCUACAGUGCGGCAGAGCGCGGCGGUGGACCCUUUAGAGAGGGUGGUGCGGCUAGCAUCCGGCAGUGCAGUGGUGAUAUUCAGCCUUAGUACAUGUUGUAUGUGCCAUGCAGUGAAGAGGCUCUUCUGUGGCAUGGGAGUGAACCCAACUGUUUAUGAGCUGGACCUGGAUCCUAGAGGGAAAGAAAUUGAAAGGGCACUCACGAGGCUGCUUGGUGGUGGCUCCGCCGUGCCGGUGGUGUUCAUCGGCGGUAAGCUUGUUGGUGCUAUGGAUAGAGUUAUGGCAUCACAUAUUAAUGGAACCUUGGUUCCACUGCUGAAAGAAGCUGGAGCUCUCUGGCUUUAA